CGACACGCCAUAUAAAUAAGAUUAAUUGCACCAUAUUUAAACAGUCUUGAUAGAUACCCGAACUUUUAAAUAUAAACUCGACUGUUGUGUUUUUCGAAUCCGUUGAUACAGUGCGUAUACUACGUGGGUAAAAUAAACAUUUCCGUCUGAAAAUGCCUGCGAGUGUUAGGAAAGUUUUGCUGCUAUACGUCGGGGGGACCAUAGGCAUGCAGAAAAAUGAUCAAGGAGCAUACAUUCCCAUUCCAAACGCAUUUUUACAAAAACUUACAAAGGAAAUCCACCGUCCAGAAGUGGCCAAGGAAUAUAACAUAGAAAUGAAAAAAAAUCAGCUUAUACUAUACCAAGGCAGAAUUAUAAUCUGCGAAUUUAAAGAAUACGAUCCUCUUUUGGAUUCUAGCAACAUGACAGAAACCGAUUGGAGUCUAAUUGCCAAAGACAUUGAACAAUACUACAAUGAGUUCGAUGGGUUCGUGGUACUUCAUGGUACCGAUACCUUAUGUUACACUUCUUCAGCUCUCUCAUUUAUGCUGGAAGGCCUCAGUAAACCAGUAAUAGUAACAGGAUCUCAAAUAUCAUUUUUCGAACCAAGAAACGAUGCCAAAAGUAACAUACUGUCUUCAAUUGAUAUUGCAGUUAAUUAUGAUAUACCGGAAGUUUGUAUAUUUUUUGCUGACAAAUUGUGCAGGGGAAAUAGAACGACAAAAAUUAGUUCGACGCAGAUGAACGCCUUUAAUUCGCCAAACUUACCGCCCCUUGCGGAAGUGGGUAUCACAGUUAAAGUCAAUUCUCGUGCCAUUCGUAAACCAGGGAAGAACUUGAAGGUGUUUAGAAGAUUAACUUCAAAUGUUGGAGUAAUUACAAUAGUACCAACAAUAAACUCUGCAAUGCUAAAAGCAAUUCUACAACCACCUCUAGAAGGAGCAGUACUGGAAUCAUUUGGAGUUGGAAACAUACCAACAAGAAGACAAGAUAUUCUCGAUGCCCUAGAAGAGGCAAUUAAACGUGGCGUAAUCAUAGUAAACAUAACGCAAUGUUCAGAGGGCGCAGUAAAUGCUUUGUACGAACCUGGACAACUUAUGGAAAAUAUUGGUGUAAUCAGUGGGAAUGACAUGACUCUUGAGGCAGCUUUAACCAAGCUAUCAUAUGUUUUAGCUUUACCAAACUUAUCAAGGGAUGACAGAAUAAUGCUCGUAAGGAAAGAUUUGCGCGGUGAAUUGACAGCACCUGAUAAUAAUAAUAAUAAUAAUAAUAAUUGUGCUAAAGUAAAUUAAUAUAAUUUAUCUAUUUUUUUUUCAAUACAUUUUUAUUUAUUUAAUUAAUAUGACUGUGUUAAAUUUUAAGUUAAGUAUGUAGAGUAAGUAUUAUUAUAAACAAAUAUUAUGUAACGCCUUUAAUGAUAAAAUGUUGUGAAACGAUUAAAUUGUUUAAUAAUAUUGAUCCAAAAUAAAAAUAUCGCCAGCUAAAAUGAUGAAAUUUCCGUCAGUAGGUAUGUGUUAAAUAAUUGGAAAGAUUUAUUUAUUUAAUAAAUAUUUAUCAAUUC